AUGGCGUCACCGUCUGCAAUCCUGUCAGAGUGGCUGCCACGGGGCGACAUUGCGUCCCUGCUGUCCAUUGUUCCCGGCGUUGAGCUGCGCUUCCACAUUGGCACGUCGUGCAAGACAACAGACAUCAUCCGCCAGGCUGUCUACAUCUCCUUCAUGGUCUCCGGCAUCCUCGCAUGCGUCGUCCACUUGGGGUACCUGUGGCACAUGCUGUUCUGUUACAAGAAACACAUUGGCCGGCUCUGUCGGGGUGACAAGUCGUUCCUGCCGCCCAUCCGCAAGCUGAAUUCGUCUGCUGGCAUUGUGGAUGCGCUCAAGUAUGCCGGGUUCCAGACAGCGUAUCUGCUGAGCGGGUGGAUUAUCAACGCGUUUCUCCUGUGCGCAUUCUGCCUAUUCCUCACGCUGUCCAGCGUGCUGCCGGCGCUGCAUGUGUACGAUGACUGGUUCUGGCAACCGUGGGUGCUGCACAAGAUGUACCCCAUUGCCAUUGGUCUCGCCUUCUACUUCAUCCAGUACAUUGCUGUGCGCUGCAUCUUCCAGACGCGCUCGGCCUCGUACAUGAUCAUCCACCAGCGGUUCUUCCACAACUUUGACUUCUUCGUGUUCUUCAUCAACAUCUUUGUUGGUCUCUAUUCGUUUGUGUGCCGGUUCUUGCUCAACGUCGGCGUGGGUCUGCUGUGGAUCAGCCGCCUUGACAAGUCCAUGCUCCCGCGCGGGUACGAGUUUAUCGACCCAGGCUACCGCACAUAUGUCGGCUUCCUGUUGCUGGACUACCACUACUGCAACCCGAGUGUGGUCACCUUCUCCAACCUCCUCAAUUCUCACGCGAAGAAGCGGCGGCGCCAGCGAAGGCGGUUCAUUGAAGAGUACAUUGAGUCUGGCGGCGGCCUUGCCAUUACGCGCCGGUCGGUCAACAUCACCGAUACCAGCGACGCGGCGCUGUUUGACUUUGACGAAGACGAAGAGGACGCCAUGGAUUAUAUGGGCGGCUGCGACGAGCGCUCGCGCUCAAGGAACAAGAAGAAGAACAAGGCCGCGAAUCCGCCGCCCGUACAGUACGACUACACCGUGCCAAACUACGCGUUCACCUCAAGCAGCGAAGACAACGCUGGGCACCAGCGCGGUGCCAGCAGCAGCAGUGACUUGGAGUACACGCACACGUGGGACCCCCACUCCCCGCUGCUCGACAUGGCAGACUCCACACGCGGCCACCAGCGCCAAGUGAGCACAGCAUCCACAUCGUCCAUUCUCUGGUCGGCCACGGCCAUGCUGACCAACGCGUUCUUUGGCUACGCAUACACGCCGCACCAGCUUCGCCUGCGCCAGCAAGCAGAGCAGCUGUGGGAGGUUCGCGUCGCACACGCGCGCAAGCGUCGCCGCGUGCGCACGCGCUGGCACUUGGCAGUGACGCUGCUGCACAACCCGCAGCUGCGCGAGGAGAGGAAGGAUACGGGCAGGCGGCACCGGCAGGACACGACGCUGAGGCGCCGCCGAUCGCAGAUCUGGCACAUUCAGCAAGCAAAGCACGAGAGCAUUCUGCGCCUGCAGCAGGAAGAGGAGGAGGAACGCGAGAGAGAAGAAGACAGGGAGGAGCAUGAGGUCUAUGUGGAGGUGCAGGGAUCCAGGAAAGGCAAGCUUGCGCGUGACGAUUCUCUCUUGAGCGACUAUCUCGACGACGACGGUGACGACGACGGUGAUGGUGGUGCUGGCAAUGGAGGUCAUGGAAGCCGCGGAGAUGGUGGUCACGGUGGUCGCAGCAUCAGUGCAUUUGCUGUUGACGACGACGACGACGACGACGACGCUGACAGCGUGAGCAGCGUUGUGAUUCGCUACGUGGACAGUGAAGACGAGGAACGGGAAUGGCUGAGCAUGAAGCCAUCCAAUAUGACUGACGCAUCCUCUUCCUCGGAUACCACUGGUGCACAGCGCAGCGCAACCAACGUGAUAUCCGCGUUCCGGCCAAUUGCCCGUCACUCUCUGACGGAGCUUGGAAAAAAGCUCAAGUCGCUCACGCGAUGGUCGUUCUCAAGCCUUCGCGGCUCGCGUUCGCCACGAGAAGACGGCAGCCCACUGUCAGCAACGGCAGCAACUGCCGCUGUUGGAGCAGGUGGUGGUGAUGGUGGUGGUGGUGAUGAUGAUGAUGAUGAGGAGAUGCUGGUGUUGACAGCCGGAGGGACGCCCAUAUUCGAGAACAAUGCUGACCUCGAGGGCGAUGACGAUGACGACGACGACGACGACGACGUCAACUGUGUUGAUGAUGACAUGUUUGACAACGAUGGCGAUGGUGUUGCCGUUGGUGAUGGACGUGGCGGGAGCAGAAGAAGCCACCGUGGCAAGAAGGGAUCGCCUUCUUCGCUGCAAUCAGGGCAGCUUCAACUCUCGUCGAAACCCUCGUCGGCAUCAUCCCCUGUGGAUGAGGCCACGCAAACGGGUGCAGACACGCCGCUAUCGCCGUUUUCCUCCCUGGCCACCGUUCGCUCCAGCAAAGGCCUGUCCAAGAACAGCAGCAGCAAUAGCAGCAAUGGCAGCAACAACAGCAGCAGAAGCGGCCGCUCUCGGCAGGCGACAACCCACACACCGGUGGCGGACCCACUGAUUCAAACGUCAUAUUUUUCUUCAAGUAGCACGCGCGUGGGUGAUGUGGAUGGUGCGAUGCCUUCGUCGUCAUCUGUAAAGCUCACGACCGCACUGCAAACAGAUGCUGUGCGAGCGCCAGAGGCGCGACCAUUGGGUGGUGCAAUGGCGGCGCAUUCAUCGUCCUCGCCCUCCCGUCUUCCGUCCUCGUCGUCACGGCUGUCGUCAGCAUCCCAACGCAUGUCCAUGACACCACUGAACAGCAGCGGCCACCCGAAAACGGCGAACGCGCGCCAAGCACGGCCGACGGCGACAGCCUCCUCCUCCUCGUCAUCGCUGGUUGGUGGCAGGCGUGGGCAAACGGGCUCCCCAAGUGCGCUUGUGUCUGCGCAGCUGCAGCGGCCGUGGUCGUCCUCUGCGUCCGCCUCAACAGCGCGACACACACGCGCAGCCCGCGCUCGCCCUCCGUCAUCAGCGUCGGCAGCAGCAAGCCGUGCAUCGACGCACUCAUCUCGAUCCUCAUCACGGCUCUCUCGUGCGCGGAGCGAAGACAAGCAGCAGCAGCAACAGCAACAGCAACGACAGUUGUCGUCGUCAUCGUCAUUGACAGGGAAGAGCCGGCGCUGCGCAAGGAGCAAAAGCAGCGAGAAGAAACAUGCACAGCAGGCAGCACAUGGCAUGAGCAGCAGUAACCGCUCAAGCGACAAGGCCCAGGGAGGGCACGAUGCGCACGGAGGGCGUGGCGCUAGCCGGCACAGUGCAACAAGGCAUAGCAAGCCGAGUGCUGGCACGGCAAGUGCAACCGGCGGCAGCACCAGCAGGCGCACUCGCAGGCAACAGAGCAAGGGCCGCGACCAGACCCGUGACAGCGCGGAGAACAGCGGGCGACGGCAGUCGAAGGCGCGCACAGCGCACAUUUCGCGCUCCAGCACGCGCAUGACCAUCUGCGCAGAUGAGCCGUACUCUGCCACGAGCAUCAACAGCGGGUUUGAUUACUUCCCGGAGGUGACACGGCUGGCAGAGAAGCAAUACCAGGAGAGGCUGCAGCGAGAAGAGUGGCAGCGGCGUUUGCAAGAACAACAACAACAACAACAACAACAACAACAACAACAACAACAACAACAACAACAACAACAACAACAACAACAACAGCAGCAGCAGCAGCAGCAGCAGCAGCAGCAGCAGCAGCAGCAGCAGCAGCAUCCAAAGUUGCAUCGGGUCAAAGGGCACCGCCGCACAACGUCCACAGUGUCUUCGUCGAGCGAGCACGAUUUCCCGCCUACACCCGUCGAGGCGUCGUUUGUGCGUGUUGACGGACAGCUGCGCAUUCGCGACAUCUCCACAGGCAACAGCGACGUGAGCCUGACCCAUGAAGCGCCACCACAGCCGCAGCCGCAGCCGCAGCAGCAGCCGCAGCCGCAGCAGCAGCAAUGGCAGCCGCAACCACAAGCACAACUACAGCAUCGACAAGCACAGCAGCAGCAUCGCGAUGGUUUGUGGCCGGGCGUGUCAGAGGCGUUUUUGUCCACCUCUGCGCCGGCGGGAGUGCUGUCACAGGCGCUGCUGCAAGCACGAAAUCAGCAAAGCGGUGUGCACGUGUCAGUUCCGGCGCAGCCCAGUUCAUCGACUGUGGGUGCAGGGGCAGAGGAGCGUGGUGUCAGCGAGCGCCAGAGCCGAGCAGCGCAGCAAGACGGGUCAGGGCGUGAUCGUGGCGUGCUCUCGCCGCCGUUGGCAUUGAAUGACCUGUCCUCGAACUCGCUCUACAAGCGUCGACACCAACGUCUCCAACAACAACAGCAACAACAACAACAACAACAACAACAACAACAACAACAACAACAACAACAACAACAACAACAGCAGCAGCAGCAGCAGCAACGACGAAUGGCGUUCCCGUCAGGGCCACCGCCGCCACCUCCUGCGCCUCUUGCUGGUAUCCCUGAACACGAAGAUGCGCCACCGCCACCGCCGCCGCCACCACCCGACCAACAGGAGGGUGUGUCAUCCCCAGCCUUUUCAUCGUCAUCCGCAGCUUCCUUCUCCACGAUGUCGCCCGCGCCCUCGCCAACGUUCCGCGCCGUGCCCGAGCGUCCGCUCGAUGCUUCCAACAUCAAGUUCACGCGAGGCCAUCACCGUCUGCCGUCAUUCGACCCGGACCUAAACGCUUUCCCUGUUCUUCACGAAGAUCAAGAUGAGCACGAGGCAUCACCACCUCCACCACCGCCUCCCCCGCCCGCACCAGCGCCGUAAGUGUGCAUUGCAGUCAACGUGCCGGAGAAGUGGUGUACUGUUGAAGUUUUGUUGUGUUUGUGUUGCGGGUGCAGGCCGCCCCUCCCCGAAUGUGUUUGUGUGCUACUAUCUAUGCAUGGUGCAAAGUCGAUAUGCUCUUUCCCGUUAAGUUGAGGUGCAUGCACGCACGCUUGCCUGUUUUCUUCUUCGUUUUUGUAUUGAAUGUAAGCGACCAGCAAGUGAACUAGCUGAUGACCAGUGUAAGUGUAAGCGAUGUAGUGAAAUUGCAUUCCAACACCGUCGUGUUCUCUCCUAUAUAGCACUCACUGACUUGUUGAAGAUGGUCGCGUGUUUACUGUGGACAAGCUUGAUUCUUGUUUGCACUGGUAUUGUGCUGGUACCAGGGUCAUUACAGAACAUGUCAGAAGCAAAACAUAAACAGGCAAAGCAAG